AUGUCUUUCAGCAACUUUCCUGGUAAUCAGACUCAGGCCUCCCAGUCUGCUUUUGGCUUCGGUGAGUGGCUUGUUGGAUAUGUCACUGUCCGCAGUGUGCUGACGUUCGGUGACCUCAUCUUUCUCCAAUCUUUGAACUGCCAACUACCCAAACUCUCUGGAUCCCCGGAAUUGUCUGGAUCUCUCGACGCGCUGGAUCUGAACGAACCCGACUUUGAACGAUUGAACCAAAUCGACCAAAUCGCGAACGAGGACGUCGAGAUGAAGAAAUUCGACGACGAUUCUGAUUCUGACGAUGAUGAACAGGCUCCUGAAUCAGACUACGCAGCGUAUCUUGUAAUCGACACGAAUAUAAUCUUGCACCAAUUUGAGGUGCUCUCGCAGUUUGUCAAAGACGUGGAAAGGGGAGAGGUGCCCGUGGUGAUUGUUGUCCCUGGGGCGGUGAUAAUGGAGCUCGAUGGGCAAAAGAAGCGCGACGGGCUGGCGUGGUUCGCCCGGCGUGGCUCAUCGUGGCUGCUCCAGAAAGUAAGAGAGAGAAAGUGCGUCAAGGGCCAGGCGCUCGAGGAGACGCUCAAGUUGUCUGGGAGUUGGAAGAAACACGAUCCCGGGGAGAUAACGAGUUCGGAGAUGUACAAUGACAACUUGAUCCUGGACUGCUGCAUGUUCUUCAAGGAGAGGAAGUUUACGCUGCUGUGCAGCGCGGACAACAAUCUGUGCAUCAACGCGCAGACGCAAGGAAUUCCAAGUAUAACUCCGAGCAGGUUCUGGAGCAGCCGUGAACUUGCAUACGGCAUAUAUGGAGACAAGGUGGACCUGAGCCAGUUCGGGGGCCACAAGGAGAGCUACAAGAAUGAAGAUCGAGCAGCUCCUGUUACUGCGCCUGCGCAGGCAGUGGACGAAGAUGACCGAAUGCAGCUGGAUGAUGAAGACACAUCUGAGACGUGGAAGUCGGAGGACCCGCUAAAUAUGCUGCACGAGGCGGUGAUCGACCACUUUACAAGGCUCUUGGUCGAGCUGGUGGGUAAGGUCGGGGGCGAGGAACAUUACACGCUCUGGAGCGCGCAGAAGUGCCUGGAGUACCUGAAUGGGCGUAAACGCGUCAAGGCGGCGAACCCACGUGCAGAAGUGUUUCUGCUACGCCCUCGAGAAGGAGGCGGCGGGCGACCCGGGAAGGAAUGGGCGCGCAAGGACUGGGAGGUCGCGCUGGAUAACCUAGGCGAUGUUGGGCGCACAGUCGUCGUCCUCUCCUCCGUAACCUGGUAUCUCGCAAUCGCCCCCGCCGCAUAUCUCUCAGAACUCGAGGUCCCCGUUCUCGACAACUCGACCCGCUGGAAUGCAACCGCCCAUGGCCAGGUAGAAAGGGUCCAGCGCAUCAUCCACCAGACAUGGAAGUCAGAGACUCUGCCUCCUCGCUGGCGUGGCAUCUCCCAGGCAUGCAGAGACAUGAUGCCCGACUACGAGUACAAGCUCUGGACAGACGCAAGCUCCCGCGAGUUCAUUGCAGAGUAUUACCCCGACUUCCUCGAUACCUUCGACAACUACAGGUACCCCAUCCAGCGCGCUGACGCAAUCCGUUAUUUCGUCCUCCACCACUUCGGCGGCGUUUAUAUCGACCUUGAUAUCGGCUGUCUGCGCCCCAUGGACCCCCUCCUCGUCUACCCAGCCAUCCUCCCCAAAACUAUUCCCGUCGGUGUGUCCAACGACCUCAUGUUCGCCGAAAAGGGCCAUCCAUUCCUCGAGCAGACAAUCCACAACCUCAUUAAUUUUGACCACGACUGGAUAUUGAACUACCCGACCGUCAUGUUUUCCACGGGCCCCAUGUUCUUAUCUGCUCAGUAUGGUCUCUAUACCGCCACACACGCAAAAACGGCACUCCAGGACAUCCGCAUUCUCCCCAAGUCGCUCUAUGGGAAGAACGCGCGGGAAGACGAGGCACCUCAUUCCUUCUUCUCCCACUUCUACGGAAGCAGUUGGCACGCGGAUGACGCCGCCUUCAUUGGCUUCUUGGGUCACUGGGGAAAGCUCUUGAUGUGGAUUGGGCUCUUCAUCCUUAUCAUUGGUCUUAUCAGACUACCGUCCAAGCAGCGCAGAGGCUUCAGCCGGCGGAUUGGGGGUUACGACAUCGUACUUCCGCGGCUCUCGCGCUCGGGGCGCUGGCAUUUCCACCUCGGCCGCUCGUCGUACUCGGCCUCGUCAGGCACGUCGACGCAGCUCCCGUCCCCGCUCGACAGCAGUGAGGCGAGCUCGCCCAUCGACACGGACGUCCCCUUGCUCCACUUGCCGUUUGAUGUGGAGACGCCGAGCCAGGAGCGCGAGGAGGAUGCGUUUGUGGACCCGUAUGCGGGCAGAGUGCAUAGCCCGCUCGUAGAGGCGUUCCGGCGUGUGCGCAGCCGUGUUUCAUCGAUGGCUGGCGCGAGGGAGGAGCCGCCCGAUACACCCGUGCGCGGCAGGUCACAGCCCAGCAGAGGCGUGUUGUUCUUCUUGCCCGCCAUUUUCACUCAGGCACCCGAUAUCGAGCUGCAGCCUGCGCCUCCCGGCAAUCGAUCCUUGACCGCGUCAAGGCCAGUGGCUGUAUCGUCAUUACCCCGGCAUGCGUAUCGCUCGUCGGGCUACCCGCCGGAGAAGGAGCGAUAUUUGCAGCCUGAUCUCGAGUCAGGGCGGGCUUAUCCGUCAAGUUCGAACGACGAAGAGGAGUACGCUUCGCUCAUAGACCUGGGUAGUACCAGUGAUGGAACGGCGCCUAUACGGACAAGUGUGGAGUCAAGAAGCAGGUCUUCAUCCUCGACGACGCUUACAGAUCUACAACCUACAGACGCUUGGGAAUGGCAUUCAUGA